AUGACUCCUGCUAUCGAUUGCAUCCACGAGAAUGCCAACAACAUCUUCCGGCGAACGGCAGAUCACAUUGAAGACCUCCUGGGACAAGCGCUACAGUUGGAUGCUGCCAAUCCCCAACAUGUUGACAUUGCACUGAAAAUGGCUAAUACAGUGUCUCAUAUAUUUACAGUCUACGUGCUGCAGGUGACAUCAGUGCCACCUAUAGUGCUCUCUGCUGCUGCUGAAUUGCAUGAGCACAUCAAUUCCUCGUCCCGCUCAGUGGUCACCACCCCCAUUUGGACCAACAUUAGGCCCAAUGAUCCCUGCAGCCAAAACAGCCCCCUCUAUCCUCUCAGUAUUGGCUAUGGGGAGCCUCGAAAACCGUCACCUCCUGUUGCCGGUCCUUCCCAGCCCAACACCAUCCAUUCCCGGGACACUGAUGUUCCGGCAGGCAAGGGCAAGGGCAAAGAAACAGCUCAGCUUGAAGGUGAGGAAGAUCGUGGAUGGGGCAGGGAAUGCAAGUGUCCACGCCCAAGGGCAAUGAGUGUAAGCUCAAAAAGCCAAAGUUGGCCUCCAAAGGCCAAGCAUCAGCACCAGCAGCCACUUUCAAAGGCAAUCAUCAGCAGUGUGGAUGAAGAGGAGCUUGAUGCCGCACCGGUUCCCCAGAAGACACCAGUUCCCAAGAAGACACUGGUACCCAUUAACAUGGUGUACAAGCCUGGUCAACUGACCUCUCGCCACGAACACCGCCUGUCUGCGGUGAAGUUGGUCAUUGCCAGCAAUGAUGAAAGUGACACCAAGGAGAUGCCGAAGAAGAUUGGUCCCGCGCCCAAGAGUGGGACUGCAUAUGUUGAGGUACCGCCUGCCCCAAAGCCUGCAAAGGCUCCCACAGCGAUGGCUGCCAGUGCCAUUGUGCUCGCAGAGGAUGACCAUGCCAACAAGAGGUCCCCGGUUUGGGACCCAGGCUGUGGCACAUGCGUCCAGCGAGAUUUGAUAUGCCGCCAAGGCUACGAUACUGCAGGUGGAGAGCUGGCUGUGUGUGCACGCUGCCACAGGUCGAAACAGAAAUGUGGUGGUGUCAUGCAUGGUAUGGAACUCAUACCAUGA